UAAAGGUAAUGUGAAAAGGAACAUUCGACAAGCGCUUUCAUAGUUGUUUACAGCUUGAAUUUCUCUUCAUAGAAAAUAGAAAUGAGUGAAAAAGAAGAAAGUGUUGAUAUUACUACUACACAUGAGUCUGUUGUUUCAAUAAAUGAAACCAAUGUACAAGAAAACGAUGAAUACGAGCCAUUCAGCAAGAAAAGCAAAACAUCUGAUGAAUCAUAUCCAUUUGCCAAGUCUAGAGGCAUUAAGAUCUUCUCUCAACGUGAAAUAGGCCGACAAGAUGCUGCAAUGACCAAAGAAUAUUGGAAAUUUUGGAAUGAAACGGCAGAGGAGCUAUGCAGCGAUGGAGCAUACAAUAAAUGGGGAAAACGAGAUAUCAAACUUUACAUUGAUGCUGUUUGGAUAGUGUACAAAACAAAACUAUUAGAACCACGCGAGAGAGAACUUCGUGAUAACUUGACAAAGUUUCACGACAGUUAUGGAUCAAGAGAGCUUCCUGCUAAACUUCGCACUGAAGAUGAAAAUUUAAUUGAACUCUUGUCACAGCUGCAUGAUUCAACAGCAAAUCUUACUGAAUUGAAUUUGGAGCUGAGUAAAUACAGAGGAAAGUUGUUAAAUAUAAAGGAAAGAGCAAUAUCUAGUUCAUUUACAAAAGAAAUGAAGCAACAGGAAGUUGAAAUGAUGAUGAAAGAAGUCGCAGAAAAAGAAAAGAAUCUGUAUGAUGGAAUGGCUGAAGUAAAAAAAGAUCAAGACUCACUAAAAAAGUCUUUAAACAAACUUGGAAACAUCAUUGAAAAGACAAAACGGAAAUGUCCACAAUUUCAUAAUGUAACUACUGAUGAAGCCUUAAAUUAAUCACCAAUGCCUGUGUAAACUAUACUAUAAGUAAUGUCUUUAACUCAUAUUUUAUUUGAAAUUAUUUCAACCUA